AUGCUCUCAACGCCUUUCUCCGUAUAUUCAUCUUCCUCCCACCCUGACUUUCACUCUCCCUUUCUUCUCUCUACAAACCCUAAGUUGCCGCCACCACCACCACCACCACCAUCGAUCACCUCAUCCGCCACCACCAUCACGGCUUACCGCAGUCGCCCACCUCACUACCGCUGUCAAUAUGCUUCAUGGAAAUUUACCAAUUCUUUCGUCGAACUUGUUCUUUUGGGAAUCGUGUUGAAGAUCUUCCUCAUCGUUCUACCUUCGACAAUCAUGGUGAUUUCUAUCCAGAGAGGGUCGACCCUCUGUCUCGAUUAUUUGUCUCUUGUACUUAAGCACAUGACUGAUCCAUUAAAGACAUUGCCAAAGGGUGAAGGUUUUGAAAAGGUUGUGGAGUUUAUGGAUGCAUACUCUAUUAGUCAGGAGGAUUUUGAGUCACUGAUGCUCAUGUCCAAGUUUCAGGGGAUGCCUAAUUUACCUGAGGGUGUGCAGCCUACUGUGAAAUUUGCACUUACAAUGGCGUAUAAUAAAGGAAGCAAGACACGAGUGAUACGAACAACAUAUUUGAUCACACUUCCAGGCAUUAAAUCUUUUUUACAGGAUGACCUAUGAAUUGUAAAAAUGGAAUAUCUACAUAUGAUUUAUGAUAAUAUUAAUAAAUAAUCUCACUGCAGUUAUUUUAUCAUUAAUUUUCAUGUAUGUAUUUGUUGUUAUUUAAAAAAU